AUGCCUCCCCCACCCGUUCCUGUUCGAUCCGUACAGGCAAAGGCUCUACCACGUAUCCAGAAGAAGUGGAAAUGGACAGGCGAUCUCUUCAUGGACGUCAGCCGAAAUCGGGCAGAACGUGUCUGUGAAGUACUGAUAUCGGAAGCCACGGAUCCCCAACCCAAUGGGCUUCGAUUCAGUAUCUGCCUAUCGGGCGAAAAUAUCCGCCUCUCUGCCUUUCAUGAACUGUCCUGCCUGCACACAUUUCUGCUGGCGUCGACGCGCGUGCAGCAAUUUGCAAAGCUAGGAUCUGCGUCAGACAAAGAUGCGGAUGCUCUAUUGCAGCUUGGAAUUUUCAUGCAGAAACGAUCCUACUUUUGCUUUGCGCAUCUAUACAUGGAUGACAGUUCCGUCGGUCUUCUCAUAAUCUUUCCCACUGGCCACGAAGUCGCAAACAGUCUGCUCAAGGUACCCCCGACUCUCGCUAGUAAUACACCGCUGCAAGUAGCCCUAGUCCCUUGGGAGUUGACGACUAGAGAAUUCCGUGCGGCGAAUUGGAAGUCAAGGUCCCCCACUGUAGAGCACCAGCUUGACCCGGCUUUCGCUGCCAUUCUAGAGGCCGAUGGACGCAGCGUUGCCACGCAACGACGAUUCUAUCAAGCCCUGCACAUCCUCACCUUCCCUAAAGCUAUCUACGACUUCAUGUCCCAGAAACAGUCUCCACGUCCGUACUGUAUUUGGUAUGCCCCAGCGGACACGACGCAGUCGGGGACCAUCGGGUAUGAGACAUUGCUACUGAGGGAUAUUCUGUCCACGUGCACGCAGGCGAAGGACAUGGGGUACAAGGCAGACGUGCGCGUCGUCUUCGUCCAUGUGGGCGCACUGGCUACGCUCCACGGCCUCCCAUUCCUUGUUGCGUGGAGGAACAAGCGGCCAGAACUCCGCUUCCUGACAUAUGGCACGCACCCCAGCGUCCCUCGUGAGCGAUGGGGAGUGCGGGAGAUCUAUCUAAUAGGUGGCGUCGUGACAUUCACGCCUUCAGCGAUCAUCGAGGGGCACGGGAUGCUCUUCCGUCGCAUCAAAGAUGUUGCGGAACAUCCACUGUGGGACUGCUAUGUGUUGCCUUCGGUGGUGGCCAUGGUGGCGAAACUCACAUGCCAGGGCGGGCAUCCUUUACGUGUAUAUGACGAAGGUAACUUUGUCUAUGAAGACCUUCUCAAGGCUAUUGAACAGGGAUCCGUUGCAUUGCUGCAUGCCCCCGCGAUCUUGCGAGAUGCGCCUCCGAAGGGCGAUCCCUCUCUGCUGUGGACACGAUGGAUGCUCCGCCUGCCAUCGAUGAACGCACGACAGAUCCUGGAAGAAUGCCUUCGAAUUGCCGCUGAGCAGUUCGCAAACACAUCGGACGCCGAGCUUCCGGUUGCUGUCGAGAAGGAAAUUGCACGCGACCUCCUACGCAUGCAAAUGCAGCCCGUCAUGAUGGACAACUACAGACGGUUUGUGGUCCUCAAAGGUAGGAGCGAUACUGACUUCCAAGAGGAUAGGUGCCCAGGAAUCGAGGUUACUACGCUUUCAAAGCUGGACUUCAGAGACGAUUUCUUCACGACGCGGACCGACUCAGCGCAGUAG